GUAUGUGCAUGGAUGCUCAGCCAUGGAGGGUGAUUGCCUCAGCUGUAUGAAGUACCUGAUGUUCAUCUUCAACUUCCUCAUCUUUCUCGGAGGCUCCUUCAUGCUGGGUGUUGGUGUUUGGGUGCUGGUUGACCCGAUGGGCUUCAAAGAAAUUGUGGCGGCCAACCCCCUGCUGUUUGCGGGGGUCUACGUCAUCUUGGCCAUUGGAGCAAUGCUCUUCCUGCUGGGCUUCCUGGGCUGCUGUGGAGCCUUACGGGAAAACCAAUGUCUGCUUCUUUUUUUCUUCAUGUUCAUCCUUUUCAUCUUCCUGGCUGAGCUGGCAGCUGCUCUGCUGGCUUUCUUCUUCAGAGAACAUCUAACCAGAGAGUAUUUCACCCGGGAGCUAAAGCACCAUUAUCAAGGUAACAACACCACUGACGUCUUCACCUCAACAUGGAAUGCCAUCAUGACCACGUUUGACUGUUGUGGAGUAAGUGGCCCCGAGGACUUCAGCUUGAGUCUCUUCAGGCUCCGCAACCCCAACAAGAUGACUCCCGAUGCCUGUUGCCGAGGAAGCAACUACCAAGGACACAUGGAGCAUGUCAGCAUGAUGCAGUGCAUCAGUGGAAACCCCGCCUUUCAGAACAACAAGGGUUGUUACUCUGCAAUGAUGGACUACUUUGAGACGUACAUUUACACAGCAGGAGCGCUCGCCAUUGUGGUGCUGACAAUUGAGCUCUUUGCCAUGGUCUUUGCAUUGUGUAUGUUUCGAGGCAUCCAGUAGUGCACCGUGCGCACACGCCAAACACGACGAGGGCACGGGCUGAAAGAAGACGCAACUGUAAAAUAUGACGUGUGUUCAUACAGUGGUUGUCUGUGUGUCUCAGUGAUUUUGCGACGUCAUUUUAUAGUUGGCCUUGUGUGGAGCAGGGGUCACCAACAUGGUGCCUGCAGGCUUCAGGUAGCCCCCCAAGGCUGUAAGUAGCCUGCGGGCUUGUUCCACAAAUACUGUAAGCGCACAGGUGUCAAACUCCGGUCCUGGAGGGCCGCCGUCCUGCAUGUUUUCCAUCUUUCCCUGUUGCAACACACCUGAUUCAAAUGAGCAGGAUCAAAAUCGGGCUUCUGUAGAUCUUGCCGAUGAGCUGAUCAUUUGAAUCGGGUGUGUGGCAACAGGGAACGAUGGAAAACAUGCACGAUGGCAGUUUGACACCUGUGCUGUAGCGCAUCAGUGAUGGGACAUUGUGAUUUUCUUGGAAUGUUGUCAAAGUGAAAAUGUAAACUCUUGAAGGAAUGACAGAAAUCAAAGUGUUAAUCUGUUUUGUAUUAUUGUGAGAAAUCAUUAAUGUGAUCAGUGUUUUCACAUCGAUGAAUCGCAUUCCUUAUUAAUAACAUUAACAUAAUAUGAGCAAAUUUGUUAUUUCAGAAGUGUGUACCAAACUGGCAGGCCUUCGCAUUCACCAGUACCCAAGAAGUAGCUCUCACUUUCAAAGAGGUUGGUCCAGCAGAAAUCUCUGUGCAGUGUCCAGAGACAAACCCACUCCGACCGGCUUAUCGACCUCAGUUCAGCCUUGUUGGUGUUUUCCGCACAACGCACUUCCGGCAUUUGCAGUAAGCCUCACACUUGUGAAAAUGGAAAUGGCCGCCCUUGUAUGCCUUGUGAUGAAUGUGAUGCUUGUCCGCUGAAGAAUGCUUCAGGGUAAACAUGAGAGGGUUGUGACAGGCGAUGUACUGUACUAUAAGAUGUGAUUUGCUAUUUCUGUCAUUUUAUUUUUGCACAUUGAAAACUGUUUCUGAUCGAAACUCUUCAUUUUUGCCGAUGUUUCGCAUCUUCUCAAGUCAAAAACAUGUUUUGUCAACAAUGAGGAAAUAUGUCUGUUCUAUAAUAAUUUUCUCAAUGAGUCCUGGAAAAGUAAGGUACGGAAAUAAUUUGUUCAUGCACGUUUGUAAGGACAUGGACUUUGUCUGAACAUUCAGGUAUUAAAUGUUUUGAACCAUAAUUCUGAUGAAACUCAAAAUGUUCCUAAUAAAAUGGAUGGUGAUUGCGUGUAAAUAGACCAUGUAUCUGAAGGCGCUGUUAAAAAAUAAAACAACAUCUCUCCAUA